CUCAUUCUCUUCCACGGCCGUCUUCUGGGCUGUUUAGGGUCAUGGAUGAAAAAGUGGAGGGUGAUGAUAAGGAAUUCGUUGAUUAUGGCAUCGCAGGCCAUAUUAGGAAAACCGUGUAUGGACCUGCAACGAGCCUUCCCCGACGCCUGAGGCGUUAUCGCGUGAUGAAUCGGUCUGAAUAUGCCGCGUACAACAAAAAAGUUAACAAAUCUGGGGGAUAUGAUGUUGAUGGUUGUUCUGGCUCGAUACCCGGAAGGAUUUUCCCGGUUUUACCCACAUCUUGUGACUGGGAACCAGCUGAAUUGGCUGCUCAAUUUGCUGCCCUGAAACAAGCCGAGGAUGGGAACUCGGACUUCCAUCUGUUGUUGCAUUCAUGUAAUGCUCCGAUUCGAGUUGGUACGAAGCCUCUUGAGCUCGACGUCUUGCCAAGAGCCAAUCUUGGUUGCAAACCAGUGUUUCAAGAGAUUCAGCGCUAAGACAACUUCGAUAGUCGGUUAGAAUGUUGCCGCCAGCACUGAAUUCUCGUUCAACUGCUACGGUUGAUACCGGAACGGAUAACACUUGUCUUGCUAGCAUGCCGAGACAUGGGAACAUGUGUUCGUUCCGCUUCCACCAUCCGAGCACGUCAAAAUCCACUUCGUCCUAAUCGUAAUCGCAUGGCACACCCUGGUACAUAGCAAGUUCGUUGUGCGAGCUUACUGUUGUA